UAAAGGGAAAUUCCUGCCUGCCUCUUUUUUUUUUUGCAGAUCGAAAAAUCGCAGAAACAUCCCCUUCCAGCAAAUACCAUGCUGAGCACAAUUGUAGCCUUUUCAAGUAUUUGGCUUGUCCUGUCCGCACCUCUCUCGGCCAGUUUCUGUCCCAGCCGAUGUCUGUGUUUCAAGACGACAGUGAGGUGUAUGCAUCUGAUGCUGGAGAGCGUUCCCGAAGUCUCGCCGCACACCAACGUUCUGGAUUUGCGCUUCAACCGCAUCAAAAGCAUCCAGCCAGGUGUCUUCAGGAAUCUGAAGAAUCUCGACACGCUGCUUUUGAACAACAACUUACUGAAGCACAUAGCACGAAACUCCUUUGAAGGGCUUAAGAAGCUGAAAUACCUUUACCUUUACAAGAAUGAAAUCCAGAGCAUUCAGAGCCAGGCUUUCGAGGGGCUGCACUCUCUGGAACAGCUCUACCUGCAUUUUAACAACCUUGAAAGUUUGGAAGUGGGAACUUUUAAUGACCUACCCAAGCUGGAAAGACUAUUCUUGAACAACAACCGAAUUUCGCAGAUCCAGCGAGGAGCCAUAGCUCAACUCGAAUCUCUCAAGCGCCUGCGGCUGGACUCCAACGCCUUGCUCUGUGACUGCGACCUGAUGUGGCUGGCAGAGCUUCUGAGGAAAUAUACUGUCCAGGGCAACACGCAAGCCGCUGCCACUUGCGAGAGCCCACCUGAAUUACUGGGUCGUUCGGUCAUCACUUUGACCACCCGAGAAUUCAACUGCGAAAGCCCUCGCAUCACCACUGAACCGCAAGAUGUCGACGUUACUCUGGGCAACACCGUCUAUUUCAUCUGCCGGGCAGAGGGCAAUCCGAAACCUAAGAUUAUCUGGCUUCACAACAACAACGAGAUUGACAUGAGGGAUGAUGGGCGGCUGAACCUGCUUCAAGAUGGCACGUUGAUGAUCCAUGACACUAAAGAAUCCGACAAAGGAAUCUAUCAGUGCCUGGCCAAGAACAUUGUGGGCGAAGCGAAGACCCCUGAGGUUGCCCUGCGCUACUUCGGCAUUCCUUCCAAACCUACAUUUGUCAUCCAUCCCCAGAACACAGAAGUCCUGGUGGGGGAAAGUGUGACUCUGGAAUGUGGGGUGUCAGGACACCCCCCGCCUCGCGUUGUCUGGAUGCUGAGCUCAGGAUCGCCACUGCCUCAAAAUCCGCGCUUCAACACCACCAGCUCCGGCGGCCUCUAUAUCCAAAAUGUCACUUUGACAGAUGAAGGCAAAUACAGCUGCAAAGCCACCAACACAGAAGGAUCUAUCACGGCAACGGCAAAUGUCAUUGUGCAAGAUACCCCCAGGUUUUUGAUAGCUCCCACGGAUCAGAUCAUAACUGAGGGUCAAAAUGUAGAUCUGCCCUGCUCUGCGGAUGGACAUCCUCGCCCGGUCAUAUCUUGGACAAAAGAAGGUGGUCCGUUACCAAACAGUUGGAGAUACACUGUCCUCGCUACGGGAACCCUGCAGAUGGUCCAAGUGUCCCUUCAUGAUCAGGGCCACUAUGAGUGCCAUGCCAUCAAUGCUGUUGGAGCCCAGAGAUUUUCUGUGAGCCUCAAAGUCACCCCACGUGUUAUGCCCGUAUUUCUUCAUCCGCCUCAAGAUAUGGUUGCAGAAGUUGGCCAAGACAUUGAGAUCCCUUGUACUGCCCAAGGGGACCCACACCCAACGAUAACGUGGGCGAAGGACAGGAUUCAGAUCACAGAGAGCGGCAAGUCCCAUAUCGGCCAGGAAGGCACUUUAUCCAUCCGAGAUUUGGGUCUGGCAGAUCAAGGACAAUACGAAUGCGUAGCCAGAAGUACCUCUGGAUUAACCGCCAGUGCCAUGCUGCUCACCAUCAUCGCCACGAACGUCGGAAGGAGCGGUGAUACCUUUGUAGCCACCUCCAUCCAGGAAGCCAUCAGCAGUGUGGACUUCGCCAUCAAUUCGACACGCACCGAACUGUUCAGCAAGAGACCCAAAACACCGAACGAAUUGCUGGCCCUUUUCAGAUAUCCACGGGACCCCUAUACCAUCGAGACUGCUCGGGCUGGAGAAAUCUUCGAAAGAACCUUGCAGCUCAUUCAGGAUCACGUUCAGCAAGGAUUAUUCGUGGACAUGAAUGGAACAGGCUAUCGCUACAACGACCUAGUUUCCCCACACUACCUGAACAUGAUUGCCAACUUAUCGGGCUGCUCUGCUCACCGCCGCACCCCCAACUGCUCCGACAUCUGCUUCCAUAAGAAGUACAGGACCCACGAUGGGUCUUGCAAUAACCUCCAGCACCCCAUGUGGGGCGCAUCCCUCACGGCCUUCCAACGACUGCUGAAGCCCGCUUACCAAAACGGCUUCAACCUCCCACGGGGUUUCUCCUUGGCGGAAGAUUCCAGGGAUCUCCCCCUUCCUCUGCCUCGCUUGGUAUCGACCGCCCUGAUUGGCACGGAGACCGUUACCCUGGAUGACCACUUCACUCACAUGCUUAUGCAGUGGGGGCAGUUUCUGGACCACGACUUGGACCAGACGGUGGCGGCGAUCAGCAUGGCACGUUUCUCGGACGGAGCGUCAUGCAGUCAAGUGUGCACCAACGAUCCCCCUUGCUUCUCCAUUAUGAUCCCCAAGAAUGACCCCCGGGUACGCCGUGGACAGUGCAUGUUCUUUGUUCGCUCCAGCCCUGUGUGUGGCAGCGGGAUGACCUCCCUGCUGUUGAACUCCGUCUACCCCCGGGAGCAGAUCAACCACCUCACCUCCUUCAUCGACGCCUCCAACGUCUACGGCAGCACCGAACAGGAGUCCCUCGAACUGCGGAAUCUCAGUAACCAGAAGGGGCUUCUGAAGUCAGGCCAGGUGGUUCCGAGUUCAGGAAAACCCCUCCUGCCUUUCGCCAUCGGGCCACCGACUGAGUGCAUGCGGGAUGAAAGCGAAAGUCCGGUGCCAUGUUUCUUGGCCGGAGAUCACCGGGCCAACGAGCAACUGGGAUUGACUUCCAUGCACACCUUGUGGUUCCGUGAGCAUAACCGGAUGGCAGCCGAGCUCCGGUCUUUGAACCCUCACUGGGAUGGGGACACCAUCUAUCACGAGGCUCGGAAGAUUGUGGGGGCCCUGAUGCAGCACAUCACCUACUCCCACUGGCUUCCCAAGAUCCUUGGAGAAGCUGGGAUGAAGGUCAUGGGAGACUACAAAGGCUAUGAGCCUACCACCAAUGCCGGAAUCCUGAACGUUUUUGCCACCGCGGCUUUUCGCUUCGGCCACACCCUCAUCCAUCCGCAACUCUACCGGCUGAAUGAAACUUUCAAGCCCAUCCAGCAAGGCCAUGUCCCGCUUCACAAGGCGUUCUUCUCCCCGUUCAGGAUCAUCCAGGAGGGUGGCAUUGAUCCCCUUCUGCGUGGGCUUUUUGGGGUGCCUGGGAAAAUGCGGGUGCCUUCUGAACUCCUCAAUAUGGAGCUGACCGAGAAACUGUUUUCAAUGGUGCACUCAGUCUCCCUCGACCUGGCAGCUAUCAAUAUCCAGAGGGGGCGCGAUCACGGCAUCCCGCCUUAUAAUGACUUCAGGGUCUUCUGCAACCUCACCUCUGCUCAGGAGUUUGAUGACCUCAGGAAUGAAAUUAAAAAUCUGGAGAUCAGGGAGAAACUCAGGAGCUUAUAUGGAAUUACAAAGAAUAUCGACCUCUUUCCAGCCUUGAUGGUAGAAGAUCUUAUCCCAGGAACCAGAGUAGGACCAACUCUCAUGUGCUUAUUGGUGACCCAGUUCAGAAGACUCCGAGAUGGAGACAGGUUUUGGUAUGAAAACCCAGAUGUGUUCACUUCAGCCCAGCUCACACAAAUCAAGCAAGGGUCCCUGGCCCGCAUCAUCUGUGACAACAGCGACCACAUCCAGCAUCUCCAGAAGGAUGUCUUCCAGGUGGCCUCCUACCCUCAAGGCAUGGUGGACUGCAGUGAAAUCCCCCAGGUGGAUCUGCGCUUGUGGAAAGACUGCUGUGAAGAUUGCAACACAAGAGGUCAAUUAAGGGCUCUCUCGCAGCAGUUCCGAAGCAAAAGAUCAUCCAACUUCAGCUAUCCAGAAGAAAAUCCAUCCAAGGCCACCUUAGGAGAACCAAGGAUGGAGGAAUCACCUUUGAACCCAGAAGACCUCAGAUCUUUAGUGAAGGAACUUGAACAAAUUAUCUUUUCUCUUCGGAAACAGGUCAGUGGCUUGGAAGGUCAACUCAGAAGACACCAAAGAAUCCUUGCUACCAAAUAUGGCCACCAUCAAGAGAAUGGAGCAAAGGAGAAAAAAAGAUGACCUCAUUUAGGUGCUGCUUGAGUGAGAGGACAAUCUGUGGGUGAAAGAAGGAAGGACGGGUUGCGGAAUGUUUUCUGGAGCAGGGCCAAGAGCAUUGGUGUCCAUAGAUGGGACAAAUGGUGACCCAGGGAUCAAAUGACUCAACUGAUGCACUUCUAACAACCAGCGAUGCGACGGACAUCAUCACUUCAUUGAUGGCGUAUCAAGAUUCCUGUAUCACCAUGUUGAUGUCAUUGUGGCUUAUAAAAGACAUCAGUCCUUAACAGUGCUACUUGGAUUGUAAGACUCAGUUCUGAGCAGCUGGUCUUUCCUUAAGCCAUGUACCUAUCUCUUUUUCUUAAAAAAAAAAGAAAGGAAGGAAGAAAUUUUUAUGGUAUUGAUAGUCAGUGUUUAAAUAGCAAAAGUAAUGACCGGCAUAUCCAAUGAUGGUCUUUCUUCAGCCUGAGCUUUGUUUUUAGGGGAAAAGUAAGAAAGUCAAGACUCCCACAAGCGAAUCUUGAUCCUUAAUGACUUAAUGGACAUGUCCAUGUAGUUUUCUCUACGUCACAAACGGGCUGGUUUGUUAUAGCCUCCUGGGAUAUUUUUUUCAGCUUUCCUUUUUAGUUUGCAGAUCUGGGAUUUCUUGAUUGUGUCAUAUCAAAGUGUCCAAAAUAUCUAAUCCUAUUUAGCCUUUCGAUAUCAGCCAAAGUCAAACUAAAGAUUUCCACCUUCUCAGAAACCUUCAAAUUAAGCUUGAUUCCUGGUGGAUUCAUCCAUGUUAUUUUCUGGGUGACAAUAUGGAGAUGAUUUGUGUUGGCAAAUUGCAGCAUGUGGGUUAUUUACUUCCCACUUAGUCCACAGCUAUGGUUUUCUCAGAUGGCCUCAGGUUGAAGUACUGUCUAGACCAUACUUUACAAUAUUUAGAUUUUAAUCCUAGAUCAGAUUGCCCAUAUGUUGCUACCCAUCAAAGCUGAAUAACAGAAUGACAUACUUGGAAGGAACCUUGGAGAUCUUCUAGUCCAACCCCACGUUCAAGCAGAAGAUCCUACCAUUUCAGACAAAUGGCUGCCCAAUCUCUUCUUAAAAACCUCCAGUGAUGGAGUAUCUACAACUUCUGAAAGCAAGCUGUUUCACUAAUUAACAGUUCUCAAUGACAGGAAAUUUCUCCUUAGUUCUAGGUUGCUUUUCUCCUUGAUUAGUUUCCAUCUGUUGCUUCUUGUCCUGCCUUCAAGUGCUUUGGAAAAUUGACUCCCUUUCCUUUGUGGCAACUCCUAGUCCUAGUAAAUUAGAUGCUCUUGAGUAGUUCUACUCCAAUAUAUUCCAUUUUUUUCAUCACAUUAGUUGAGUCUGGCAAUAUGCCCACAUUGUGUUGCACAAGCAGGCCCAGAAACACCUUUCAUACUUCAGUUAGUAAUACUCAUGUUUUCUUACUUAUCUCUUACUCCCCAGGCUGUUUCAAACAACUGCAUGCACUUUGCAGUUACUUCUCCCUUCAAGAAAAGCCAGCUGACUUCAAAAGAGACCAUCAUUCUCAAUCUCUGGGUUUGUCUGCAUCAGAUACUGGAGAUGUUUUGAGCUUUCACCUUUCUUCCAAAUCUGAGGGAUGUAUCUCUUAAACACCAAGGAUUACAAAUCAUGUUAACAACUUUGGACCCAGAAUAAUGGACUCUAAAGUUUGAAGCUUUGAAUUCAGCUGGAGCCUCGGAGGGAACACCUGUUCCAAAAGAUAAGCAGAGGAUUGAAAAAAUAUUGAGUAUUUAAGAAACAGAGGAUCCCACUGGAAAAAAUGAAAAUAUUCAUAACAUAGUGAUCAGGUGCAAAAUAUAGAACAUCAGAGUUGGGAUCUUGGAGGUCUUCUAAUCCAACCUCCUGUCCAAGCAGGAGACCCUAUUCCAUUCUGGACAAAUGGGUGUCUUCUUAAAAGCCUCCUGUGAUGGAACAGCUACAACUUUUGAAGGCAAGCUGUUCGACUGGUUGACUGUUCUCACUGCCAGGAAAUUCUUAGUUCUAGGUUGCUUUUCUCCUUGGUUAGUUUCCAUCCAUUGCUUUCUUGUCUUGCUUUCUGCUGCUUUGGAAAAUAAGUUGAUCUCCUCUUCUUUGGGGCAGCCCUUCAAAUAUUGGAACACUGCUAUCAUGUCACCCCGGUUCUGAUAUGGAUUUAUAGGCUUAGCCCAGCUAGCAGUGAAUUCUAGUGGGCAUUCAUUAUAUUGAAAUAAAAAGCUAAGCCUUGUUUCUUCCUAAGCUACAUCUGGAAGAGAGACAAGCAUGUGAGAGAGAAAGACAGAAGAUCUUCCUUUAUACUUCUUCAAACACAAAAGGACAAAAAGACAAACUAUCUAUAGGUCAUCCCAAAGGUGCUUCUUCAAGAGGUAACUACACUUUCUGGUUUUUCUAUGAAGACGUUUCG